UCUUUCACACACAGCAGAAAAGCCCUAAAACACGCGUUUCUCCCAAAAAAUUCUCUCCUAUUUUUGAGCGUAUUUUGGGCAAUAUUUUGAAAUACUUUUUAGCUAAAUUUAUUUUACAAAAUUCACAGCGUUACCGUGGAAACUAAUUGUGCUGCUGAAAUGUCUCUUCGAAGUGUACGAAUCCAGAAACAUUUCCCUUCGUCCGUCAAUGCAGGAACUUUUCCAGGGUCCACGGGGGAUGCUGCCGAUGGGGGUAGUCGCAAAAGGAAGCUCAGUUGCGAUGGGGAUGAGUUGCAUGGGGAUGGGGGGGAAAUGAAAACUCUGGCUGUGGUUGAGGUGAUAAAGCCGGUACAGGUGUUGACGCUGCGUGAAAAGGAAAUCAUGCUGCAGACCUUUCGGCGUCUGGAGCCAAAUGCGGAGAUCCUGGCAUCCCAGGAUUGCCUUGUGCGCUCCAAUUGGGAUCUCGAGAAGGCACGGCAGCUGCUGCGUGAGAGAAAGUUCGAACGAAGCUCCAUAAUUGUGUCACAGCGAACGACGUCAAGUACCCCCAUUCAGCCAACAUCUUCCGCCUCGUCAGCAUCUUCCGGAUAUUCCUCUUCCAAUUCCACCCCGAAGAAGAUCCAUGUGGAAUCGAAGGCGAAAAAGCCACGUCUCCAGGAGGCAGGUGGUAGUGAUGACAGUGAGGACCCCGAUGCGUGUCAGCCGCAAGAUAAAGUGUUUGACAGUGAUCUCGAUAGUGAUGACGACGACACGGAGCACCUGUCGCGUGAACGGAAGGCCGUACUUAAGUACAUCAAUGAGUCCACACUGCAGCAACUUGUCGUGAUUAAGACGUGCAGCCUGAAGAAGGCACAGACGAUCGUUGAAUCCCGCCCGUAUGUGACUUGGUCCAGCCUUGUGGAUGCCAUGCAGAAUAAUCGCUACCUCUCCACGGAUAUUCUCAAUAAUUGCCAGGAGCUCCUCAGGAGGCGCAAGAAUAUCUCGCAAAUCAUGAAGAAGUGCACAAAGAUGGCAAAGAGGCUGGAAGUUGCCGUUGCCGAGGGUGGGGAGCUCGUGAAGCAACCCUCAAUCAUUCCGGAGACGCUCAAACUUGCUGAAUACCAAAUGAUUGGCCUAAAUUGGCUCGUAGCGAUGCACAAUGAGAAAACCAAUGGGAUCCUAGCUGAUGAAAUGGGCUUGGGAAAAACAAUCCAGGUUAUCGCUUUCCUGGCCUACCUGAAGGAGAAUGAUCUCGUCCGGAAGCCCCAUUUGAUUGUUGUCCCCUCGUCAACACUGUGCAACUGGGAGAAUGAAAUAAUGCGCUGGUGCCCGUCAUUUGUCGUGGAAAAGUACUACGGGUCGCUGGAGGAGAGAAAAAAUCUCCGUAUUAGAUGGGCAAAGGGUGGCCUCAAGGAUACCGACAUCGUCCUGACGACCUACCACAUGGUAGCCUCGCUGCCGGAAGAGCGAAAAAUGUUCCGGACAACACAGAUGUGCUAUGCAAUCUUCGAUGAGGCGCACAUGCUGAAGAAUAUGACAACGCAGCGGUAUGAUUAUCUCGACAAGAUCAAUUCGGAGCGAAGGAUCCUCCUCACGGGAACACCGCUGCAAAAUAAUUUGCUGGAAUUGAUGUCUCUCCUUUGUUUUGUGAUGCCGUCACUCUUUGCCAAGCGCCAGGAUGACAUUCGCAACCUCUUUUCGCGCAAUGCGAAGAAUCAGGUGAAAGUGGACGAAGAGGAGGAUGGGAAGGUCAAUGGGAAUGGCACGGAAUCCUUUGAGCAGAAUCAAAUUGAUCAGGCAAAGCGAAUUAUGCGCCCAUUUGUGUUGCGACGUCUCAAGCGUGACGUCCUCAAGUAUCUCCCACCGAAGACUGACGAGGUGAAACUCAUUCCAAUGACAGAGGCUCAGGGGAGGAAGUACAGGAGUUUGGUGGAGAAGUAUACGCAGGAAACGGGAGUAGUUAAGGGCACGGCGGAAUUCAAUGGGUUAGCAAUUAUGAUGGAGAUGCGAAAGCUCGCCAAUCAUCCCCUCCUAAUGCGCUAUCACUACACUGAUGCCAAACUCCGUGACAUCGCGAGGCGUUUAGCCAUAGACACGCAAUUUAAAGCCACAAAUGCUGACUACAUCUACGAGGAUCUCCUGUGGCGCUCAGACUUCUACAUUCAUCAACUCACACAGAAAUACAGGACAAUUGGGCAGCACAGGUUGCCGAUUGAAUUGAUCUUGGAGUCCGGGAAGUUUCAGCAUUUGGACAAGCUGCUGCCCAAGCUCAAAGCCGAAGGGCAUCGGGUGCUCAUCUUCAGUCAAUUCACCAUCAUGAUGGACAUCCUGGAGGCCUACAUGAAGAUUCGCGAUAUUGACUGCCUCCGACUCGAUGGGAGUACGAAUGUGAGUGAUCGACAAGAUCUCAUUGAUAACUACAACAUGGAUGACAAUGUGUUCGUCUUCCUGCUGUCCACGCGCGCCGGCGGAUUGGGAAUCAACCUCACGGCAGCUGAUACUGUGAUCAUCCAUGACAUUGACUUCAAUCCGUACAAUGAUAAACAAGCGGAGGAUCGAUGCCAUCGCAUGGGGCAAACGAAGCCCGUUCACAUUUACAAAUUCAUCUCAGAGGGCACCAUUGAGGAGGGCAUGCUAAUGGUGGCCCAAGAUAAAUUGAAGCUGGAACAGGAGGUCACCAAUGCUAAUGAUUCCCCCGAAGAGGAUCGCAAGAGCAUGGUGAGACUCCUGACAUUGUCAUUGGGAAUGGACUCAGAGAGAGCCGAAAAGAUGAUUUCCACCGGUGCAAGUGGCAAGAAUUUCCAGGAGUAAAAUGUAUUAACAUUAAAUGAAAUUUUCAUUAAUCUUCAACUCUCUCUCUCUCUCUCACAACACAUACCUCGAGAGAUGAGCAGGUACCGCGUGAGGAUGGAGAAAAGUUUUUAAUAUUUUUGUGAAUGAGUUCAUCUCUUAUAAGCAUGUAAUAGAAAGAAAAACGAAUCAUUAUUAUAUUUUUGUCACCACAAAUUUUAAUUUUAUAAAAGAAAAAUCAAUUUUGUUAUGAAAGGAGAUUUGCAGGAGAGCUUAAGCAGCAGCAAGAGGGUGUAGAAGAAGUAUUGUUUUUCCUCAUUUAAGUUUUUUUUUCUCGAUAAAAAUAAAUCUUUAAUGCAAAAUGUGA